AGCUGCUCACACUGCUGAGCUCCAGGCAUGGAGGGAGGCUUGCUGGGCCGCACCGUUUGCAUUCUGACUGGUGCCUCCCGGGGCUUCGGCCGGGCUCUGGCCCCGCUGCUGGCCCGGCUGCUGUCGCCGGGUUCGGUGCUGCUCCUGAGCGCACGUAGUGAGUCGGCACUGCGGCCGCUGGAGGAGGAGCUGGGAACACAGCAUCCAGGCCUGCGAGUGGUGCGGGCAGCCGCCGACCUCUGCACCGAGGCCGGCGUGCAGCAGCUGUUGUGCGCGGUGCGCGAGCUCCCCAGGCCCGAGGGGCUGCAGCGCCUGCUGCUCAUCAACAAUGCAGGUACUCUUGGAGAUGUUUCCAAAGGCUUCUUGAACGUGACUGACCCAGCUGAGGUGAACACUUACUGGACUCUGAACCUGACCUCCAUGCUCUGCUUGACCUCGGGCACUCUGAAUGCCUUCCCGGAUAGCCCUGGCCUCAGCAAGACGGUGGUUAACAUCUCCUCUCUGUGUGCCCUGCAGCCCUAUAAGGGCUGGGCGCUGUACUGCGCCGGGAAGGCUGCCAGAGACAUGUUGUACCAGGUCCUCGCUGCUGAGGAACCUGGCGUGAGGGUGCUAAGCUAUGCUCCAGGUCCCCUGGACACAGACAUGCAGCAGUUGGCUCGAGAAUCCUCCAAGUACCCAGAGAUAAGGAACGGACUGCAGAAGCUGAAGUCGAAUGGGGCGCUGGUGGAUUGUGGGACAUCAGCCCAGAAACUGCUGAGCUUGCUGCAAAAGGACACCUUCCAGUCCGGAGCCCACAUAGAUUUCUAUGACAGUUAAGUCCGUGUCCUGCCACAGUGCCCUCCCCAGCCCUGCCUAACACAAACGUAAGCCCUCAGACCCAGCCAGCAGGGCGUGACUGGCAUCACCAGUCAGCAGAAGGCUUCUGCAGGGGCUUGAGAGAGAGAGAGUUGUUGGGUACUGGUAUCCCCAGAAAGAGAACUUUGGAGCUGGGAAGAGGAGGAGAAGCUGAGACACUGGAGAAAGGAGGCUGAGUGUCUCGUCUGUGGGGUGAAGAGGGUGUGCCCUGAUGCAGAAAGAGGACCGAGGGCAUCACGGCGAUGGUCCUUGAACUUCCCAUCUUUGUUCUGCUGCCGUCUUCCUCUGACACCCACUGUUUCUCCCCCGACUCUGGUCCAAAUUCAUAGUUGUAAGAAGGCAGGAGCAGUAGAGUCCAUGUUGCCCUUCGUGGAUGCCUGCUGACCUCUUCUGGAGAGUGCAGGAGUGAUGCCUCAGUUCCUUAGCUAGGGUGUUCUGAGAAGGUCACUGCUUGCUCUUCCCAGAGCAUUGCCAGGCAGCUCUCUGCGUCCUUUCAGUGAGGCCCACAUAGUGGUUAUUAUAGCUCCAAAGUCAUUAAGGUAGAAAUACCAGGACGCCUGCGCCUUUGUCAUGUGUCUGUCCACACUGACCCACCUUUCCUGCCAUUUUCUUGAGGGUUCUACAGCUAGGCAGUGAGUAUCCAUCCUCAGCGCCCAAUGCACAGCAGACAGCCCUCACCAGUGAGGGUUUCACCCCUUGCCAACCCGGAAGCGCUGUAAAUAGGCCCAGGCUCCUGCGGUGGCCUCUAGCCCACCCUUGCACAAGGAGCUGACAGUUCCCAGUCAUCCAAAACAACACACAAACACACUCAGCCUGGCAUCCGCUUGUGUUCAAAGAAUCCUCUGGUUCUACUUAUGCCCAGCAGAGGGCGCACUGGCGCUGUACAGUGUGAAAAGAUGGGGCUUGCCCUUUCUGCAGGGCAUGUCACAACUGUUGAGGAUUCCCCAAGGUGGAAGGAGGUAAUUUCUAUCACCUUUCCCAGUGGAGUCUUUACCCUCUCUGGAAUGGAAAUGGCCUCUUCAGACUUCUGCUCUUCUUACCAGCUGGUAGCCCACAGCAAGUUGCUCUUGUGCCUCUGAAAUGACUGUGUAUUACGAUGCACUUAAAUAAAGCAUUGUACCCAUCCAAAA